GUUUACUUCAUUGUACCACCUCUUCUCAGUCCUUUUACAAAAUCAUGAGCUAUUCACAUUGCACUAUGGGUUCUGGUAGUAGAACUUCUAGAAGGACACUUGAAUUUGGAAGGACUUAUGUUGUUAGACCAAAAGGGAAACACCAGGCUACUAUUGUGUGGCUUCAUGGCCUUGGCGACAAUGGCUCAAGUUGGUCACAGCUCUUGGAAAGUCUUCCUCUUCCAAAUAUAAAAUGGAUUUGUCCAACUGCUCCAACUCGUCCUGUGGCUUUACUUGGGGGGUUUCCUUGCACUGCAUGGUUUGAUGCCGGUGAGCUAUCGGAAGACGGUCCAGAUGAUUGGGAAGGUUUAGAUGCAUCAACAGCACAUAUUGCAAACUUUUUGUCAACUGAGCCACCUGAUGUCAAGGUUGGUAUUGGAGGCUUUAGUAUGGGUGCUGCAUUGGCCCUCUACUCUGCAACUGCUUGUGCUCUAGGAAGAUAUGGAAAUGGCAACCCAUACCCUAUCAACCUUAGGGCUGUUGUUGGGCUAAGUGGAUGGCUUCCCGGCUCAAGGGGCUUAAGGAACAAAAUACAAGCAUCACAUGAAGCUGCAAGGCGUGCAGCAUCUUUGCCGAUUUUGCUUAGCCAUGGAACCUGUGAUGAUGUUGUCCCCUACAAAUUCGGUGAAAAAUCUGCUCAUUCAUUGAACAUAGCAGGAUUCUGGAACCUCACUUUCAAAAACUAUGAAGGGAUUGGCCAUUACACAGUCCCUAAAGAGAUGGAUGAGGUCUGCAAUUGGCUUACGGCGAGACUCGGGCUCGAGGGAUCCCGUUGAACAUAGCAAAAGCAUCGGUUCGUAGUUCGAGAAACAACAAUGGCGGAUACGAACAAGCAGAUAGUGAAAAAAAUGGCAUGUUGGGUAUAUGGUAUAGUUGAAAUUAGCCUUCUUAACUUUAACAC